AAGAGGAGAGGAAUUGGGAAAAAUUAGAGGUGGAAAACGACGGCUUCUCGAGUCCAUAGAAAGAGGAGAGGAGAGGGGAGGAGAGGAGAGAGGCGGUGGUGGGAAGCAAGAAUGGCGUGCUCUCCGCGUGUUUUCCUCUGGCCGUCGGCUGCUGCUGCUGCUGCUCCUCCUCCUCCUCCAGCUGCUGCUGCUUCUUCCUCCUCUCCGUUCCUCUCGACGGGGCUUGUGUGCUCGGCUCCGUCCACGUCCAGAUGGACUGUCGUAUACAAGCAGCCAGGGCAUACAGUCUAUCGAAGGAGCCACGUGCAAAGCUUCCUCGCUUUUGCCAGUGCAGAUGCAUCAGGAGGCAAAAGAAGUUCUGGUGAUAAUGUGGUAAUGGUUGAUCCACUGGAAGCUAAGCGCAUAGCAGCUCAACAGAUGCAAGAAAUUCGGGCCAGAGAAAAGAUGAAGAGACGUCGUCAGGCUGAAGCCAUUAAUGGUGCAUUGGCAAUGAUAGGACUGACUGUAGGGUUGGUAGUGGAAGGUCAAACAGGAAAGGGUAUCUUGGCACAGCUAGCUGGAUAUUUCGCGGCUUUGUCUAGUUUAUUGGGGCAAUAGCAGAUCGUCAUGAGUUUCCUUUUCUUUUAACUUCCUCAACCAGGAAAGCUUUUGUCAGAAUCGCAUUUGCUGGAUCAGACCAGUUUGUUUAUGGUUAAUCCUUCCUGGAUUUACAAUAACAUGCAGAUUUGCAGGUCUAUUGACAAUCAAUUGGAUUGGUUUGGCAACUGUCCCCAGAAUUCAUACACGGUGUGUCAAGUUAAUACAUUGUAUACCCCCACAAAAAUGAAAUUAAUACAAUGUAUUCAUAUUC